AUGUACCAAAGACUACGCGAAGAGCUGCCCGAGUACGAGUUCUUCGAAUCGAUCAUACCUUUCCACUCAAGCUACGACAACUGGCAUUUCGUCGGCAGGUUGAAGCCCAAAAGAGCUGUGGAGACGCGUAAAGGGAGCUCGCAAGGCUCAUCAAGGCCCAGGAGUGUUAGGACGCACUCCGACUAUGGCAGUACGGAUGACAAGAAGGAGGAAGAGCUGUGGGUAGUCGCGCGGGUCUCCGAGCAUCGCUUGCGGCUCGAACGAGAGUUCAAGCUGGCCCAGAGGCUUCACAAGGAAGACGAACCUGAUCACCGACACUUCGUAAGACCCAUACAGUACUCUCGCCUCCCCAUACGCCAACCGGGCGACGCAAACGUAUGCGUUUCAAUCGUGGAAGCGCCGGGUCGUAACUAUCUCCGAGAGAUGGUUGAGAUGGGCCCAAAUUUCUAUCAGGGCAACCCAGACUCUCCGACUCCACGGAGGGAACAAGCGCAGGUACCGCUCUUGACGUUUCUAGACUUUGCCGUGGGUGCUACGGAGUGCUGCGAGAUCCUCCAUCACGGCAACGAGCUUGUGCAUGGUGAGCUCAGAGGCGAUGCAUUCCACUACAACAAAGACACUAGAGUUGUGAAAAUGAUCAACUUUGGAAGCGGCGCCAGGAGCUUCGAGCACGGCCUAACAUCUGCCGGCUGGUCAAGUUUAAUGUCUGAGCGCGGCGUUGAACACAAGCUUCAAUUCAUUGCGCCUGAACAGACCGGUCGUUUACCAGCCGAGCCAGAUUCACGGACUGACAUCUAUUCCCUUGGCAUACUCUUCUACACCAUGCUAACCGGACAGGCGCCGUUUGAUGGCAAGACUCCGCUCGACAUUAUGCAGAACGUACUCUCCCGUCGAAUACCGCAGGUCAGCUCCGUGCGGCCGGAUGUUCCGGACGCCAUUUCAGCAGUCAUACAGAAAAUGACACACAAGAACAUGGACGAUCGUUACAACUCUACAGCAGGAGUAAGGUAUGAUUUAGAGGCGCUCAGGAAGAUCCUCACGGAUGGCGACGAGGAAGCUCUAGCCAACUUCAAGGUUGCUGCAGCCGACGUGUCAUGCUUCUUCAAUCUUCCUGCCCAUCUUGUGGGCCGAGAAGAACAGCGCAAGGGCAUCGUAGAGGUGAUCGAGAGGGCAGCUCAACGGUCCGCUCGUGCUGCGCCGAUUACCCGAAAGGGUUUGUACAGCCUGAGUUCAGGGUCAUCUGUCAUGUCCGGAGACAGACCGGAGAUCUCCAUGCUUGACGAUGUACUUAGCGACAGUACUUCUUCUGGCGACCGAGACCGAGAUUCGAGGCUAAACUCCAUCCCGGAGGUUGGAGUGCAAGAGUCACAGCACUUACGUGAGAGGCAGAGCACAAACGAUGACUCGACACCAACAUCAAGCCGAGACGAAGCGCUGGAGCGGCAGUCUUCGCAUGGCAGCCAGUUGGGAUCGCUGAACAAUGCCGACAGUAUGCCGCGGUCUAACUCCAUGUACAGCCUGACCGGUGACUCAAGCUCGCUCAUUCGCACUGCACAAAAGCUCAAGCGCAAGGGUCGCACAGAGAUCAUCGCAAUUUGUGGACGCGCAGGAUACGGCAAGUCAUCACUUGUGCAGAGUGUCGCGCCCACUGCUCGAAAACAUGGCUAUUUCACUACAGCCAAAUUCGACCAGGUAAAGAACUCGCCAUUUGAGCCGAUUGUUCGGCUCUUGUCGUCGCUUUUCCGGCAGAUCUACUCGGAACAUGAUGUUAACACGCCCUUCCACGAGAAUAUCCGCACCUUCGUGAAGCCUUUCUGGGCCAUGCUGCACUCAGCACUAGACCUACCUGCAUGGCUACUUUCCCCCCCCUCGAUUAACAGCGUCACAAGUGGCGACGGCCACGGGAAACCAAUAAACGGUUACGGUGCCAUCGGUUCGACACCGAUGCGGCAGAAGUGUAACAUGCAGGCGGCGCAAGAGUGGUUGCGUUCAGGCGGCGGAGCGAAGUCUUCACGCUUUAUGCACAUCUAUCUCGAUGUUCUUCGGCUGCUGGCUGUACAGAAGUUCAUAACCUUCUGCCUUGACGAUUUGCAGUUCGCAGACCAAGAGAGCUUGGACCUACUCCACCUCAUAGUAGCCGCCAAAGUGCCAGUGGUGCUCAUCUUGACUUACCGAGGCGAGGACUUGCUAACGGCACCAACGCGAAAAUUGCUCAACACUUCGCACAAGGUUACACUCGGACCAUUCACCGAUGAGGAAACAGCACAGUACGUCUCCGACACUCUGCAUAGACCGAGAGAGUAUUGCGUGCCUCUCGUUGCUGUCGUGCAGGAAAAGACGGGGGGUAACCCAUUCUUUGUGCGUGAGAUGCUUGAUGCUGGCUACCGCAACAAAUGCAUCUACUACUGCUGGAAGUGCUCACAAUGGGAGUACAACUUAGACAGGCUUUUCACGGAGUUCAGCAGCCCUGAUGCUGGAAAAUUCUCUUCGAACGACUUCAUAGCAAGAAGACUACGAGAAAUGCCGAAGGAUGCUCAGACAUUGUUGGCUUGGGCCGCCAUCAUCGGCAAUAGCUUCAGCUUUAAUCUAGUACUGCGGGUCAUGAGCUGCGACUGCUCAAAAGCCUCGCCAGCGGGCUUGAUUCCACCACCUUCGCAAGACGCAGUCUCCGGUCUACAGGCGACUAUUGCAUCGUUCAUUGUGGUAGCGACAGAAGAGGAAGACCGCUUCAGGUUCUCUCAUGACCGCUACAUCACCGCAGCAUAUGGACUCUGCGAAGAGUACAAGCUAGAAGAAAUGCACUAUGUCGUCGCAUGCGCCAUGAUGAAGCACAUGACCUUCGAUCCUGUGACGAUGCCGAAUGCAGUACUCUUUGAGCAGGCGAGACACGUCUCGGAGGGCCUACAAGCAGUCAAGCUCCGAGCAGUAAAGAAGGAGCCAUUCCGUGCACUACUUUACCAGGCUGCCGAAACCGCUCGAGAAUCUGGUGCGCGGAAGUCCGGUGCCACCUAUUACAAGUACGCUCUAGCUCUUCUGCAGGACGACCCAUGGGAUGAGUCCAGCGGAGAUGCCAGCUAUAUGGAGACCAUUGUAAUGAUGACCAAAGCAGCCGAGGCCUUUUGGUACACUCGCGACUUUGACGGCGCUUCCAAAUUGCUGACUGAGAUUUCCGUCCACGCCAGGGAUGCUGCAGGCAAGGCGCCGGCUAUCAUCAUCGCGAGCCGUAUGCAGAUCCAGAGGGGAGACACUCGCGCAUCGUUCGCGUUACUCAAAGAUGCUCUUGCCGAUUGCGGUUGCCCUAUUGAAAACCUCACGUACGAGCAGUGCGAUCACGAGUUCCAGAGCCUGUUACCUAGAAUUCAAGCACAGCCUCUAGACCUUACCGACGCCAGCAGUAUCAACGUCGACAGGGAGAUGCAGACUCUUGGCGCCCUCUUUACGGAAUUCCAAUCCGCCGCUUUUUGGAUGGACAGCUUGACGUAUUAUCAGGGCACGCUCAAGCUUGCGAAUGUGUGUCUGGAGCGAGGAAUGUCCGCGUACCUUGGCCUUGCAUACGUACACUUGGCGAUAGCCGCCGUGUUCCGGUGGGAUCUCGUCAAGUUGGGCUUGGAGCUUGGCAACAAAGCCAUGCAGAUAUUUGAGGCUUUCCCGGAGGAACAUUACACAACCGGGCGAGGUUUGACUGUCCACGUGAUGUUCCUUGGACACCUUGCUGGCGACCCUCAGGAGAACUUUCGCAACCUCACCCGUGGCGUAGAGGCAGCUUCUGCGGCGGGUGACAAGAUUCUGCAGCUACUCAACCUUGGCAUCGUUGCAGCGUACCGAGUGUGGGCCUCGGAGGAUUUUGCAGAAGUGGAAGCCUUCAUCGUGUCCAUCGCUGAUGAGUAUCCGGAUUUUAGCGAGAACAUACGUGGUGGAAGCUUCCUCGUGUCUGUGCGGCAAUAUAUUAGGGCAAUGCAAGGCAAGACGUACGCGAAGACCUCUUCUGAUGUGCUCAGCGAUGAUCGCCACAAUACUGCUGAGUAUACAAAACGGGUUUUCGGCACGCGGACCAAUCCCUAUAAGCCCCUAGCCAUCUACAACUGUUACAAGAUUUCAGCACUGUACUCCUUCGGCUACCACAAAGAGUGCUUCGAGCUAUCAGAGGCCAUGGAAGAUACCAUGAGCGAGCUGUGGUGCAUGCCCUACACUUACAACAACGCGUUUUACAUGUCCAUGAGCGCAAUAGCCAUGAUCCGCGAAAACCCUGAUCGACCAGACCGUCAAGCUUUGUUAACGAAGGUAUCUGCUUUACGUUCGCGAAUCGAGGUUGUCUCAGUCAGCAGCUCGGUCAACUAUGCUGCGUAUCUCGCACUAUUCGACGCAGAGCUAGCAGACUGCCAACACGAUUACGGUGACUGCUUGCAACACUACGAGCGGGCCAUCAACCAUGCAGUACUGCACGGUUUCGUGCUUGUUGAAGCCAUCGCCUCGGAGCUGUACGCAGAUUGGCUCGUCCGAAGAGGAGCUGCGAGGCCUGCACGAGGCGUGAUCAAAGAUGCGAUCUCGGCUUACCGUCGCAUAGGCGCCUUUGGCAAGGCAGAUCAAAUGUCUGAUCGCUUUGAGUUCCUUUUGUAUGGCACGAGGUCACUGACCACGCAAGAUGCAACGACCCAGACAACGGAGCUGGACACAAUUGAUUCCACUUACAGAUUAGAAAAGAUCGCAAGCCAGGGCCUGCCGCAAACAUCAGCCGACCGUACAGAGGAGUGGCUCGAACCGCAUCUUGCCAGCAACGGCGCACAGAUGGUUAAGGAGCCGCCUGCAGCGCUGUCUGGUGGUCUUGCCGCUGUGGGACUCGACAUGAUCGACCUUACUAGCAUCCUUGAGUCUUCGCAGCUUUUGUCGUCCGAACUGAACAUUGACCGUCUCCUACCGAAGCUCACCGAGAUUAUCGUGACAUCCACCGGUGCCGAUGUCUGCGGCCUAGCGAUCGAAGCUGACAAUGGUGGGUGGGAGGUGGCGGCAGUUGCAACACCAUCAGGCUUCGAACCGCUCCCAGCAAGCGUACCACUAGAUCAGAUUGAGGAUCCAGUCGCACGUCAAGUCACCCUCUACGUACUUCGCUUUAAAGAGCCGGUCUUUCUCCGCCAAGUGCUGGAUGACGAGCGCUUUGCAAAUGUGCCUUCUUCAUGGCUGGAGCAGAACCCGGAAGGCGCUGCCAUGAUCGCACUGCCCAUUCUUCAUGGUGACAGCGCCUUGCUAGGCAGCCUUUACUGCCAAGCUCCACCGAAUACAUUCACCGAGCGGACAGUGACCCUACUGAAACUCCUCGUCAACCAGAUCGCAAUUUCGAUGGCGAACGCCUUACUAUUUAAGCAGGUAGAAAAGGCCUCGGCGCGCAACUCCGCUAUGCUCGAAGUACAAAAGCAAGCUCUUGAAAAGGCCCGCAAGUCGGAGAAUCAGGCAAAGGCGGCAGAGGUAAAAGCUAUGGAGAUGGUUCGACUGAAAGAUGAAGCUGCGAAGGCGAAGUCAAUGUUCUUGGCCAACGUGUCGCAUGAACUUCGCACGCCGCUCAACGGUGUCAUCGGCAUGAGCGAGCUGCUUAAGGCAACGCAGCUCAAUAAAGAGCAAGCAGAGCAUGCGGACUCAAUAAGAGUUUGCGCCGACACCCUACUGAGUGUGAUCAACGACAUCCUCGACUUCUCAAAGCUAGAGGCCGGUAAGAUGCAAGUGUUCAGCGUGCCACUCUCGCUGACAGAGACGAUCAACGAGGUUGUCCGCGCUCUUUCCUAUACGAACCUAGAGCGCAACCUGCGCACCAUCGAAGAGUUAGACCUUGAUCCGCAGCUUAUCGUGAUGGGAGACCCCGUCCGCUUGCAUCAGAUCCUGAUGAACCUGAUGUCGAAUGCUUACAAAUUCACGGCCAAAGGCAGCGUGACCGUGAGAGCCAAGGCCGACCGACAAGAUGCGGAGAACAUUCAAGUCACUGUAUCCGUCACCGACACCGGCAUCGGCAUAUCGGAAGAGCAGCAGAAGAAGCUCUUCCUGCCGUUCAGCCAGGCAGACAGCAGCACGGCAAGAAGCUAUGGCGGCACUGGCCUUGGCUUGUCAAUCUGCAAGGCCAUCAUUGAAAAUGUGAUGAAGGGUCGCGUCUGGCUUGAGAGCAAGCCUGGCGUUGGAACUACUGUGUCUUUCACGCUUCCAUUUAAGAAGGUCAAGCAAUCCGCAAACAGCGAAACGAACGGUGUCACACCACACAGGCGGGAAGCGGAUCCCAUGUCCAUCUUCACACCACCACCAGAGCCUGAGGGCAGCGGCGCGCAUCAGAUUGUAAGUUUGGCCGGUAUACCACGCGACCAGCUUAAGGUCUGCAUCGCCGAGGACAAUCCGAUCAACCAGAAGAUCGCCAUCAAUUUCGUAAGGAAGCUUGGCUUCUACUGUGAGGCGUUCGGCGAUGGGCAACAAGCGGUGGACGCACUCGAGCGUGCAAGCAAGGACGGCAAGCCGUUCCACCUUGUGCUCAUGGACGUUCAGAUGCCAGUACUGGACGGGUAUAACGCUACGCGCGAGAUCCGCAAACACCCUGACCCGAGAGUCCGGGAUAUCCUGGUCAUCGCGAUGACCGCCAGCGCCAUUCGAGGCGACCGCGAGAAGUGUCUGGAAGCGGGCAUGAACAAUUACCUAGCCAAGCCCGUCCGUGCAGAUACGCUCAAGCAGAUGCUGGAGAGUUAUCUCAAUCAGCCAACGAGGGCGAUACCAAACCUACAGCAAGAGGCGAACAAGCUGGUAAGUACCGUUGUGUCGGAGGUGCAUGAGGAGGAGAACGAGCAGCCGCAAACACAGCUGCCCGAGCGACCUCACAGUUCCCGACGUGAUGACACAGAGAUACAUCUGCAACCUGCAGAGAUGAUGCAGAAGGCGGGAUCGAUGACUUCGGCGCAGGCGCUCAAGCAGAGUCUUGCUCCAGUGCCGUCUGAACAAUUACCGACGCGACCUGAGAACGGAGCCUAG